CUGUCGGUGCCAAUUGACCAGGAAGUAUAGGCUGAACUGAAGAGGCACCAAGGAAGAAAUACACUAUCAAAUGGCUGAAUUACCUGCUGUCUACUACAACAAGGAUUCCGACUCCUUUGCGUUCUCAACUGCCCGUGUGCGCUGGGUGAAGAUCGUGCAAGAUGCCCUGGAGGACAUCAACGAUGCCGGUGCGAAGACGUCUGGUGAGGCCCAGCAGCAGGCCAAGGUGAUUGCUGGGAAGCUCCAGCAGCUGUUGGUCGAUUUCGAGGAGGAUGCUGUUGUUCAACCUCUUGUUGGCGGCUUGAAGCAGUACGAGUCUUAUAACAGGGCUCUCAGUGCCGAGGACUAUACCUGGUUAACAGGUCCGUGGUUGUUGCUUGAGAACGUGCUGUACCGUCUGAUCAACUCUUGGUUCGUGGAGCAGUCGCACUGGUUCAACUACGAUAUCUUUGCGAACCUGAAGAAGGAAUCGUUUGAAUCCUCUGUUGCUGGAGUCACCGAGCUGGCUGUUCGUUAUGCUCAGCUGGAUAAGGAACGUCAAUCCUCUGCAACGGGGAUUAAGCCAGAGUUGAAACAGCUGCUGUUUAAGGAGUUUGCUGAAAUCUCACUAUGGGGUAACGCAACUGACCUUUCACUAUUGGCUACAGCUACCUUGGAAGAUAUCGCUUCUAUCCAAGGCGCAGAGGCCAGAAAGAAGUCUGAAGAUAAGAUCUUGACAAACGAUAUCGACCUGGCCUACGCUCAAUUGAUCUCCUCAAAGGAAAAGAUUAGAAAGGUUGAGAUCGUCUUGGACAACUCUGGGUUUGAACUGUACACUGAUCUCGUUUUCGGUCUCUUCCUGUUGGAUUUCAACUUGGCUGACAGGGUGACAUUGCACACGAAGGAUAUCCCAUGGAUGGUCUCCGACGUUAAUUUGAAAGACUUUAACGUUGUUCUUUCCCAAUUGAAGGAUACCAAUGUGUUUGACAAGCACAGGGAUGAAUUGGACUUCUUCAUCAACAAAGUGGAAUACCUGUUCAACACUGGUAAGCUCACUUUGGAAACAUCUCCUUAUUGGACUCUGGACAAAGACUUUUGGGAAAUCUCUCCUGAUGAACAGGAGUUUGGAGGCUCAGAAUUGCAUGAAAGAUUGUCCUCUUCAGCCUUGGUCAUCUUCAAGGGUGAUAUGAACUACCGUAAGCUCACAGGUGAUAGAAGAUGGCCAUCUACAACUCCAUUCUCAAGGGCCAUAGGUCCAUUGGCAACUUCUGGUUUGAAGAUCCUAUCCUUGAGAACAGUUAAGGCUGACGUCUUGUUAGGGCUGAAGGAAGGUGUCUACGAAGAUAUCACUGAAGAAUGGGGAAAGACCAACGACAACAAGCUAUCCUGGUUGUACUCUGGUAAAUAUGCCGUUAUCAGUUACGCAGAUGGUGCUGCUCAUUAGGAUACGAGGGUAUUAGAUUAAUAGAGUGUUACUGUCGUUGUUUAUAUGCUGUAGUGUAUUCACUCGUUUGACUGUUGAGGUUGCGCCUGGUUUGUUGGAGGGAUCACGAACGGGAAUCCAAAAGGUGGCAUCAUAGGAAUUGGCAUCUGUGGUCCUGUUAGAUUCGGUCUCUUUGCAUCACCUCCUGAUUCCACUCCGGUUGUUCUCUUGAUGCCUCGCUUCUCCCUCUCUUGUUCCAACAAUUCGUCAAUCUUUUGCUUCAAGUCGUCAUUUGGCUUCAAAGUGUCGAGAUAGAGAUCAGGCUUGG